GGCAGAGGACGAGGGCUGAGUUGCCAUACUGUCGUAACGUUGCAGUGCACGUGUGCUGUAUUUUUUUUAUUGCAUGUAACCAUAUCUCUCCGUUUUUUUCAGCUGUGUUCCAAUCAACUUCCUAAUCAGAUAGCUACAAAAGGAUCGCACAUCUUUAAAACUUAAAGACGACACAUAUAUUCAACCAAAAAGGUUGCUUAGUAAAAAUGUCUUCUGUUAAAAUUGGCACACACAACGGAACUUUUCACUGUGAUGAAGUUUUGGCAUGCUAUCUUCUACGUCAGGUCCCGGAGUACAAGGAUGCCGAAAUAAUUCGGACUCGUGACCCUGUAGAGCUGGCUGGGUGUGAUAUUGUGGUCGACGUUGGCGGAGUGUAUGAUCACAAACAACACCGAUACGACCAUCAUCAGAGGUCCUUUGAGGAGACCUUCAACAGCUUAUGCCCAGAGAAGCCAUGGGUAACCAGGCUGAGCUCAGCAGGUCUGGUUUAUCUUCAUUUUGGUCAUCGAAUACUUUCUCAUCUUACACACUUGGCGCAGGGUAACAGCCAGCUGGAGGUCCUCUACGAUAAGAUGUAUGAAAACUUUGUGGAGGAAGUGGACGCUGUGGAUAAUGGGAUUUCUCAGUAUGAUGGAGAGGCACGUUAUACUGUUAGCAGCACUCUUAGUGCUCGUGUCAGUCAUCUUAACCCAUGGUGGAACAGUGACUGCCAGGACACAGAGGAGGGUUUUAACAAAGCCAUUGCACUGGUGGGAGUGGAAUUCUUAGACCGUUUGCACUACUAUCAAAAUGCAUGGCUCCCAGCACGAAGGGUAGUGGAGGCUGCUAUUCGGACUAGGCAUCAGGUGGAUGCCAGUGGAGAGAUAGUUUUGUUGGUUCAAGGUGGGUGCCCUUGGAAAGAACAUCUCUUCUCCCUGGAAAAAGAACUUAAACUGGAUAUCUCAAUCAAGUUUGUGCUCUAUCCAGACCAAAAUGGGCAAUGGAGAAUCCAGUGUGUGCCAGCAGGACUCAACACAUUCCACAACAGCCCCUGGAGGAUAGUGGACGACUGUGGGGGUGCCUUCACCAUGGGAGCCCUAGGUGGAGGAAUAUUUCAGGCUGUCAAAGGCUUUAGAAAUUCACCUUCUGGCAUGAACCACAGGUUGAGAGGAAGCUUGACGGCCAUCAGAACCAGGGCUCCACAAUUAGGAGGAAGCUUUGCUGUAUGGGGUGGGCUUUUCUCAAUGAUCGACUGUGGCCUAGUGAAAGUGCGUGGAAAAGAGGACCCGUGGAACUCAAUAACUAGUGGAGCCAUGACGGGCGCUAUUCUUGCUGCAAGAAACUAUCUUGAAGCUUAUGAAACAGUUUCAAACUUUCAGACUGGUAUUGUCAAGCCAACAACAAAGUUUGUUGUGACGAACAUUACCUGUCUAGUUAUUGUUUACGGGCCUGUGGCUAUGGUUGGUUCUGCAGCUAUGGGUGGCAUACUGCUAGCAUUGAUAGAAGGUGCUGGAAUCCUUCUCACAAGGUUUGCUUCAUCACAGCUCCCAACUGGUCCACAGUUUGCAGAGGAACCACCCUCAAUGCCUGCCUCAUCCUUUGGUGACUAUAGACAGUACCAGUGAGCAGCCACAUCAUUUUCAAGCCAUUUUAAUAUUCCAUGAACUCAUGGGGUAUUAAAAUUACAUAGAGCACCGAUGGAACUCAUUCAUUUAAGUUGUUUUUGCCAGUUGUUUUUUUCUCUCUAUUUAAAUACAGGGUCACUUUUGCUUGGACAAGAGCAAAUGCCUCCUUUGUGCUUCUCUUUUGAUGUGUCUGGGUUUUUUCAUCAUUCUUUUAGUAAUAACAAAUAAAGACAAAUUUCAGGAGACUUAGGGAUUCAAGCAAACUUAAUUUUCUUAAAGUAUGCUUUUUGUCUUGAUGUGUGAAUGUAAGCAUCUUUGCCUGUACAUAUAAGGUUGAACAUGUUUGCAGUUGUAAAAUAUUUUACCACUAAGCCCUUCUGGAGAAAGAAAAUUGUAAAUUAAUUUCAUACAUCUUUACCAUCUGAACAUAUCUGUAAAGUAUUCAUUUUUGAAGCAGAUAUUUAUUUUGUAACAGAAGUAAAUUGUGUUCAUGUAAAAACUCAAAUUGAUGUAGUACCGUAUGUAUUUCAGGUUAAACAAAAGAGCUUUCGAGUGGUAGAAAUGAAUAAAACCUUUGUGCUUUUAAACUAAUAUCAAGGCACACGAGGAAAUAACCAUUAAAUUAUUGUGAUGCCAAACCAGAAAUUAUUUUAAUUUGUAGAAGAGCAAAAAUAAUUGCUGUCAAAAAGCAUUUGGUGUAUUCUAGAGAAAGUGAGCACAUUUGUGUAUGCCAUAACUGAAGCAAAAUAACAAAAUUAAAUGAAGUUUUUUUUUUUUUUCCCAAGCAAAGAUUGUUCAGUAUGAUAGAAACUAAAAUAAAGUAACUGUAUAAGUAA